UAGAAUGGCAAGUUCCUGCGCCAAGAGACGUCAUCUAGAUCCAGGGUUGAGGAGCCUUAGCGGCUCAUCUCGAGGCUUCGGGGCUACCAACACCACCGCCGACCUACAACCCUUGAUGUCAUGAUAGGAAAUUGUCAUAAGAAUCGAGCAUGCCUUUAUAGUUAUCCCAUGUUUUCUUCUUUCGACAUGAAAGACCUGUUUCCCGCCUGGUUUCAAGUCUGGUUGAAGAAGCGCUGGAGGAAAUUACGCUUGUUACUUGCUACCCUUGGGCUUGGUUCGAAGAAAACGAUAUACAAUGGUGCAACUGAGUUUGUUUCUCUUUGCAUUUAUAUCUCACGCGAUUUUGACUGAGUACCACGUUAUUAGUCUGCCCGACCUCACCGAGCAAAUAAGUAAAGGAUCAUCCCGAUACCCUGUCGCUCAAGGCAGCUUUGGGGAUGUCUGGAAGUGCAUGCGCAGCUUGAACCACCCCCGAAUCACGGUAGAGGCGAGUAGCUCCUUCGAGUUUACACCUGUGAGUGUUAUCGCUCAUACCGUUUUGCCUCUCUAUAAGGUCGCAGUAAAAUGUCUGCGACUCGAAAUUCCGAACGAUAGCUGCAAGACAAAGAUUACCGAGAGGCUCGAACACAACUUACAGCAGAACACUGAGCUAAAACACGCCAAUCUAUUACCUUGUCUGGGAAUAACUCAAGGGUUUGGUCCGCUACCUGCUAUCGUUUCCCCAUGGAUGCACAAAGGCUCACUUACCAUGUUUCUGGAACGUGAUUUCCAGCAACUCACUCUCACUCGAAUGCUCCAAAUUCUCAAAGAUGUCGCUUCAGCUCUCCAGUACUUGCACUCCAAAAACAUAGUACACGGUGAUCUCACCGGUAACAACAUUCUUAUCAAUGACAAUGGCGACGCUUUCGUGGCUGACCAAGGAAUUCUCAUUUUAUGUGCCGAGCUUCACGGCACGUCAUAUAUCAGAAGCAAUGUGCGAUGGGCUGCACCUGAAAACUUUGAGGUCCCGGAAGAUGACAAGUCAACGAGCUUGCCCCAAUUGGCAUCAGACAUCUAUUCUUUCGGGUGCAUCAUGUUACAGGUCUUCACAGGAAAAGUACCGUAUUCCGAAUUUCGAAGUGAUCAUCAAGUUACCGUGCAGAUACUCAGAGGCCGAAAACCUGCUCGACCGGUAACUCCGCCUAUUACGGAUACUCUAUGGGAGUUCAUGCAGAAGUGCUGGCUCGAUAAACCGGAACACAGGCCUUCAGCCGAGGAAGUUCUGACAUUUAUGGAGGAACAGCUGAAACUGCUACAGGAAAGCUCCUGAUAACUCUCAUGCGACUUCAUGAUGCCAUAGCAGUUUCUUGGCAUUCUUCGUCAGUGCAGCAUGAUCCAAGGCUUAGAGUUAUCAUGUCAACAUGUAUCCUCAGAUGUCCUGGAUAGGCUCGCAGAUUGUAGCUAUUUUCGCAAUGAAUGUAAAGUAGUAGAUACACGAUAUGCUACACCAACG